ACAUUGAAGUACUUAACUUUCAGAAUAUAAUAGAUCUUAAGAAAUAUAUUAACUACCCAGAGAAAACGAAUAUAUAUGAUAUACUUAAUUACCAGAAAAUUUUAAACCUAGCUACUAAUCUAAAAUCUGCAGAAAAUGAAAGUGAUGAAGAUGAUAGUACAGAAAUAUAUUUAAUUACUCACCAGGAAACACUAAAUAUAAUAGAGCUAAUUGAGCAAUAUAUUGUACAACAAGAUCUUGCCGAAGUGGCACAGGAUAAGUAUGAUGAAACUUUAUUAAAAUUACAAAAAGAAAUAAGAAAGUUUUGA